UCUUGUUUUACAUCUCAAGCUUACUCUUUAUGGUACAGGUCAUCAAUUUCUACAUGUGUCUUGUGACGGAAAGAAGUAAGAGGGAGGGAUAUCCAUCAGUCCAUGCUUUUAGUUCGUUCUUUUAUGAAAAACUUACUUCUGGGGGCUACAAAGCCGUGGGAAGAUGGACGAGGCGUGUGGAUCUCUUCCAGAGGGACAUCAUCUUAGUGCCCAUUAACUUGCGUUUGCACUGGACACUAGCGGUCAUAGACACCAGAAAGAAGACCAUCAAAUACUACGACUCCCUGGGACAAGGAGGGGACAAGAUUUGUGAGACUUUGCUCAAAUACCUGCAAGAAGAAAGCUGUGAAAAAAGACACGUGAAGCUGAAUGUUUCAGAGUGGACUGUUCACAGC